AGUUUGCGCCACCGGUAUCGAUCGUUCGAUCUGACCGGACCGGUUAUAUGGAGGAUUCUGAGGGCAUCGUGACUCUUGUUGUUGACCCUGGUUUUAUCUAACCUAAUACGGUUAGGCGUUGUUUUAUGCAGGAAAAGUGAAGAUUUUUUAUCGGUAUGUUACUAAGAUGACGUUACCAACGGUUUCAAGCGCGCCUUCUUCACCUACUUCUUCAUUUGCCUCAACACCAUCUAGAAGCCAAGAUAACCAGCCAGUUGGCUUCCCAGAUUAUUCUCUUUGGACUUCUGAACGGUGGGCAAGGUAUCCAGGUCUUCUAAAUGGCCACGAUUCCAAAGCAGAGCGCAAAUGGUGGUGGAAACACGGUUAUCGACUAAAAGACCCUAAAGGUCCACAUCAAGGUUGGCCUGUGGAAGCUGCAGCAUUAUUAUGAUAAGCUGACGGAUCUGGCGUACGCCGCUGCCGUGAUCUUCAACCCGACUAUGAAAAUGAGUGGGUUGCAAGCCAUUUUUGAUGCUGAACCUAUACGCCAAGAGCUGAGUUGAUGUCAGGUUACGGCCUGGACCGAAGGCGAUAGUACAGAGUGAAGGAGAGAAAUAGGCGUGUCCCCCUGGUGGUCACCUGGUGGUCACUGGUGGUCACUUGGUGAUGGCAGGUAGGGGUGUCCACAGUAGU